AACGGCCGAGCGCGGAUUAGCGGGCAGGACCCUCGUGCCGGGCUAAAACCACCCAACUCCAACGGAAACCCGAUGCACGACUGCGGUUUUGCGCGGCGCAGCGGAGGAGAUUUUGGCAAGCGACUCGGCAUGGCAGUCGCGUCGGUCCAGGCGCUAAGCGGCAUUAUAAAUAGCCCGCAACAAUGCGGCACGGUGGAAUCGUUGGAUUCUCCUCAGUCGUCAGGUCGACCGAUCGCGCACCGACCGCAAUCCCGUCAGGAUACAGGAAAUCCGUCCGGGUUACGCAACGGCCUCUUAUCCCACUUUUUAGGGUAACACAGUGUCCCCGAAAACUAAGGUCCGCCUGAACCCCACACUCCCCUCCCUGGGCUCUGUUCAGUUGAGAUGUCAAAUCAGUGCGCAACUUGUGGGGAGGAAGCCAAAUUAUUGUGUUCAGGAUGUCAUAGUCUUUAUUACUGCGGCAGAGAACAUCAGAAAAAACACUGGAAAACACACAAACCAGAAUGCACCACCUUCCGAUUAGAAUACUCGCCAACCAUGGGUCGAUAUGUAGUCGCAAACAGAGACAUCAAACAAGGAGAGAUCAUUUUGAAGGAGAAACCUAUCGUCCUGGGCCCGAAAAUAGCUUCUCUACCUGUAUGCUUAGGAUGCAAUCGACGGCUGAAAGCUACAGCGAUGGACGAUGAUGAUCCUUUAGAGUACUACAAAUGUUCCAAAUGUGGUUGGCCUCUAUGUGCACCUAGAUGUGAAGAUUCUCCGAAUCACCGUGACGAGUGCAAACUGAUGAGUGAGAGAAAUUAUCGCAGCCCAAUCCAGUACCAAGACUCACCCAAAAAGGAAUCAAGUUACUGCUGUAUAACGCCUUUACGCUGCCUUCUUCUCCCACAAAAGGAAUUUCAAAGACUGAGCGGACUACAAUCCCACUUAGAUGAGCGAAUCAAUACUCCCUUGUAUAAAAUUUUGAAGACUAAUUUAGUGAUGUUUAUUCGUGAGGUACUAGGCUUAAAACAGUUUGACGAAAGGACAAUACUAAAUGUUGCGGGUAUUUUGGACACCAAUGCUUUUGAAAUUCGUAGAAACAUGGGGAAUGUAAAAAUUCGAGGUUUAUAUCCUCGAACAGCAAUGCUGUCUCAUAACUGCAAGCCAAAUACAAAGCAUGUAUUUGCAGGAGAAGAUUUUGAGCUAUCCCUAAUGGCAACAGUUGAUAUAAAAAAGGAUGAAAUAAUUUCGGCAACAUACACGCAAACCCUGUGGCCAACUCUGGAUAGGCGAGCACAUUUAAAGAUGUCAAAAUGUUUUGACUGCAGCUGCGAGAGGUGUGCUGAUGCAACCGAGUUCAAUACAUUCUUAAGUGCCAUUAAAUGUUCAAAAUGUAAAAACUAUGUGAUAUCAACAGAGCCUUUAAACAGACUAGCAGACUGGCAGUGUACAUCAUGUAGCAAAAUUUUCACAGCCAAGCAAAUAAGCUUAGGAAAUGACGCACUGAAAAAAGAACUCCAAUCUUUGGACAAAUCUUCGCCAUCUCAGCUUGAACACUUUUUAGAGUCAUAUUUAACUUUUGAUGGAGUUCUGCACGAAAAUAAUUGUCAUGUGCUUGAGGCAAAGUAUGCUCUUUGUCAGAUCUAUGGAAAUAUGCUAUCAGAGCUAUCAGAUGAUCAAUUGACCAAUAAGAUAAACUUGUGCAAUGAUAUUCUUGAGGUAGCAAACAUAUUGGAGCCAGGAAUCACUAAACUGCGAGGAGUUUUGCUUUACGACAUGCAAGCAGCUAUGGCUGUCCUGACAAAGAAAUUGUUGGAAUCAGAAAAAAUUACCGCUGCCCAAGCAGAUGCAUCAAUGAGGCAAGUAAUUUCAGUCUUACAAGAUGCUGCAGUCAUACUGAAGACAGAUCCAGACUUAGGAUACUUAUUAAAGGAUAAAGUGAAAGAUUUGUCAGAUUUAUGUGAAUAAACAGCCAUCUUGGCGCCCUUCUGUCA